AUGCGGGGCCGCAUGGGCGCUGGCCCGGCGUCCCACUGUCUGAGCCGUUGGUUCGGGCGGCCCUCGCGGGGGGAGGAGCCCCUGAGUAGGGAUUGGCUGGUGCGGCUGUGGGCUGAGGAGAAGAAGAGGGCCGGUGGACUUUCUGGAGCGUUUGGUAGGAGGAAGAAACCUGUCGCGGUCCAGUUAGGUGAUACCGUGGAGGGUGAAGCAACUGGCAGUUGGACCUCGGUGGUGUCGUCGUUCCGGAGGUCAUUUCUGAGGGGGGCCGAUCCCGGGAAUCAUCUGGAGAAGGAAUCCGCGUCCAGGCGGCCUAAGCUACCGCGUAUUAGCCAGCAAAUAGCCGGCUCAUUGUUGGGGGGCUCAUCGGAGGAGGUCAGUCCUGGCGUAUAUUUCCUUGUUGGCCGAAGAGCCAUCCGUCAGGCUGAAACUCUUUAAAGUUAGAAAGUACAUCGAGCAAACGUGAUUGUAGUUGUGGUAGGAAUUUUCGUAAAGCAUACGUAAACCCAGUGAUAGGAAUCUAUAAGUGUCGAAGUUGGAACCUUCUUUAUAUAAGAAGAUACAAAAGAAAAUUUAACCUAGAGGGUGUCGGGUCAAGAUUAAAGGAUGGAUUGGAUUGCGUUGAUAUGCUGGACACCGUCAACGUAGAACGUAGGAGAAUGGACACCAUUUUAUGAUCUUUCAGGCACAACAUGUGAAUUGCGCUUAUUUUUUCAUCUAGUCAAGGCAAGAUUAGGCCAUUUGAAAUCGUGGAUACGUGAUUUAUGGGGUACUGAGUGAUGCAAGUCUUACUGAGAUGGCUAAAAACGAUCCAUAUUUACCAGACCCCAUGAAUCAAAAUGUGAUAUACUUAUCAUGUUUCAAUUUUAUGGCCUGAUUACGCUGGAUAUAGUAUCGGCAUGCACCUUUGAUACAAAUGCUCAAUUAGCCAGUAAUCUGGGUUAUUUGCUUUGUAAUUUAUUUCACCCGGCCAGUCCAUUGCAGCAUUUUUUUUUUCCUCUUAUUAUAUUCUACUGAUUCUCAAAUUUUGAUCUAUAAUCAAAUUUUUGAUUCCUUACAUAUUUGCGUUGGUUAUAUCUUCUAAAGCCUUAAUCAUUGCGUGCAAUAAUUUAUUCCACUGUAACGUACUCUUGGUUUUGAAAAGGAUUACUUCAAACAGUCACUUAGUCUGGAUGGAUGAACCCAGAUCCUUGAAAUCGUUGACAAUUUCAUGUGGCUGUUUUUUUUUUUUUUUUUUUUUUUUCCUGUGAAGAUGAACAUUCUAUUUAUGUUUAAAUUUAUUUCAGGUAAAGUUGGAAUCUCUUCUGGCUAGAGCCAAUCUGGUGAUAACAAGAGAUAUAGAAUGGGCAAAUAUCAUGUUCGCAUUUGAACAGGUAACACAUUUAUGGUUUAUUUAUCCUUUUUGUAAUGAUCUAUAUGUGCUUAGUGCUAGCAACGCCAUUGUGAGAUUAGCCUUUUGAUUAACCUUUUUUGGGUGUUUCUGUUAUUCCAUGAUUUCCAUGUAGCAGAGGAAACUACUGCUCUUUAGAAAUGAGAGACUUAUUUGGUAAAACUAAUCCACAUUUAUAACUAUAUUAUUGAAUUUUCAUACUUCACUGCAUUUUGGAUCCAAAGGCCAGUCUCAGAUGUUAGGGUUUUCAUGUACGCUCUUCAUGUAUGCAAGUAGACUGGCCAGUCUCAGAUGCAGUAAAAUGCUCUUGAUGAUCAUACCAAAAGUGAUAAUCUCCGAAUAGAUUAUGGCAAUUUAUAUCUCGUAUUUCUUUCUUCCCCUUCAUGGUAAUGUUGUAAAACAUUAGUACAUGGCCUUUAGAGAGCUAAGCUUCCCUGCUCGCAGAUGAAUGAUGUAAACACAACCCUGAGGCAUCAAUCAUCGCAAGUUAAGCGAGCAGCUGUCACCAUAACAUCACAUUCUGCCUCAACCUUUCUUUCCCCAUCCUAUUUUCUGAAGAUCAAUUUACGUCCUGAUUAGUUCGGACUUGGGGAUGUCAUUUUCUGUUGGUAAAGUGGACCCAGCAUCAGCCUCUUAAGAGGACUGCCUUACCAAUGAUUUUGCGUCCUCAAUAAACUUUUCCUGAAAACCCAUAAUAUAGCUGAUCCCAAAGUAGCUAGCCAUUAUAUGCCCCAACCGCACUGAUAAGACAGUUCUAUGUUAAGUAAUGGAUGCCAAUAAAGUUUCUCCAAGACAGCCAAUUUUCUAGUCAGAGUUUCCACCCCACUUAAUGAUGACACAUUCUGUGGAAAGGUGAUUAGUAUUUUCUUGUGUCAAAUUACAAAAAUUGCUGUUAUAUUUUACUGGCGGAUUCAGUUUGUUGUUCCUUACGUAGGGAAAUAUCUUUUUUUAGUAGGGGCCUGACUACUUCAAAUGAAGCUAUUUGGACAUCAUUGUUGCCUCCAGCUCCCAGAACUUUUGAAUAUAUUGCUCCCAAGUUAUUUGGAUCAUAGGUGUUUCAAUAGGCCUCAUUCCGAAAUGAAAAUAUCUUCAUUCAUCAGAAAUCUUUAUUAAACCUCUUAGGGCCUCCUGUGAUGUUAUAUUAAGACGGCCAACUGUGGUUAUUAGGUGAGAUAACUUUGAGUGAUCCUGUCAAAAUGACAAAUCAGGAAACAAUCUUUACUGUCUCUAGGAACCUGAAUUUCAUCAUACAAAUUUAUGAGGAAAUUGAUCUUUAGUUAUGGUGAUUCUGAUGACAACUUUAUUUCAUGAAUUAUGGACUAUUUAUCUGUAAAGUUAUUUCAUUUCUUGUUUCUUCUCUUAAGGAACAUUGGGUGCUGUGUUUUCUCACUUUCCAUCUGUUUCUAAGUUGUGUCAUUCGUUUCUUAAAAUUACAGGAAAGCCGAUAUAUCAUUGUUGAUCCCGCUGAUCCUGGAUCUGUACGUGUCACAGAAUCUGUACUAAGAUAUGAAUUAUUAUCUCUUUUGACCAUAACAAUGUGAUUUUGCUUCCAGCCUGUAGGUUUUAUCCGUGAGCAAAGUAAUAUCAUCUACAGACAAGUAUAUCCUUCAAUUGCUAUUAGCCCUUCCUUACCUCCCUUGAUCUGCUGGAUGCUAUUUUUCUCUUCUUAUAUUCCUCAUGUGGCCAUAUUUUGAUUAAAUAUUCUUGUAUACUUUGUGUCUCAUGACAUCAUGAUAUACCAUGCUCAGAAACGUCAUUUCUCUAUUGAUGGGAAUAAUUAUUUAUCUUUAAAUACUUUUAUUCUUGUGAAAACGUUACUGCUAAGAACUGUCCCUUUGUGGGGGUGAUUAUUUUUCAGUGAAAGGUACCAAUGUAAUCUUGGAAAUCAGAUUCAUGGAGAAUUCCCUGUGGAUCAAGAACAAUGCUUCUUACUCCUAUCUUUGAUUUCAUUCUCCUUCACCUGUUUGUUUCUUUUUCUGCAUCCUCACCAUAUCCUGUGAUUAUUACCUUAUCAACAUGGACAUGAGGACCAUCUUUCCUUUUGACAAUCUAGGUGAAGGCUGAUUUCAAGUAGUGAAGUUGGAAACUCCUCAGCCUCAUGAUCUGAGCAUUCAGGCUGGCCUGCCUUUAGUGUUGUUUUUCCUUAUUAUAUGAGCGAUUACUUAUUUCUGUCUUUCUUGUCUAACUUGAGCCUCUUUUGCCUCAUUAGAAUGAUGUGUCACUGAAAGGUGGACAAAUAAAGACAUUAAGGGGCUGGUUUGAUAAUUGGUUAGAAUUAACUAGUUUAAUGUUGCUUCAGUUCCGGGUUCUAGUUUAUCCAACUUUCAGCUUGAUAACACACACCCUGUGUCAUAGGCUUAGCUUAAUUUAGUUUUCAAUUUGAUAAAAGUGGUCAUACGUUAAUGGGGCUGAGUUCUGACUAUUCCAUUUGUUUGGUUGAAUAGGUUAAGUAAUUAUUUUAUCCGAGUUGGUCUCCAACUGGGCCUCUCAUGAUUCACUCCGUCAUCCGGGUUUGAUCUUAAUACAUGCGGAUGACCCAGCUUAUUCUAGUUCCAACUGGUUAUCAAAUCUAUCCUAAGAUCCCAUAUCUAACCAAUAUAAGAGUUCAUGAACCACACCUCUGGUGAAAUAAACUUCUGACAACAAAGGGGGCCUCUGGAUCAAAAUGGCGCUAUGACAUAACAAAGUUGCAUUAUUUUGGGUAUAAUUCCUCAUGGUAUUGGGAUGAAGCAUUUUUGCAUUUUUUUAUAUAUGCUAGGACUACAAGAACUUUCAGAGCAGGAUUAUGAUGAUAAAGAUAAUUACCAAUGUCCUUAUAUGUUGUUCUAGUUUAAGAUAUGAAUGAGUCGUAAUCACAAUCAGUGCUCAAAGCUUUUUAGGCAGACGAUAUCAACCGAUAAGACUCUUAUGAACCCUAUUUUUCCUUUUUGUUGCUCCAUUUUUGUCAUGGGUGUAAAUCAAAAGGGACCAACGAAUAAUGUCAUUUUCAACAUACUACAGUGAGAAAGCACUCAGAUCAACAAUUUUUAAGUGGCUCAGCCCCUGCACACAGAUUUUCAGGAGCUUUCUAUAGGGCUUUGUGUACAUGAAAUGGUGUAAAACACUAUAAAAUGGGCUGAAUGAGUUGUCAAAUGACUUAGUCGAAGGAGCCCCCUCAAUAAAAUUCUAGUUAGGAUCAGAAUUUCGUAACAAAAUGAAUUGUGUAUGACAAACAAGCUAGUAUCUCGUUAUUGUAGUGUCUCUCUUCUAUUUGGGCCCUCAAGUGAGUCAGUUAUGGACUAUUUAAUGGGCUCUUCCUUUCUUUCUUCAAAAUAAAAGGGCUUGGCCCACUAUAGAUGUAACCGGUAUUUAAACCGGUGUAGAGGUGAAUUGAAGACUUUUCGUGAAUCUACACUAAUGGAUUUUCUAGGCGGCUCCAGUGAGAAGGGAGGGCGAAGACCUGAUCAAGAAGAUCAAGAUCCUGGUUUGACAGUGUAACCUUCUUUUAAGUCAGACUGAUUCACAGUGGCUUUGCAGCUGCUUUCAUGAAUCAGAUUGGUGGGAAUUGUGCCUGUGUAAUGUGCUGCGGGAUUUAGAGAGGUAACUAAAAGAAAACUCCAUGCUAGCUCCGGGACCAUUUGCUCAAUACAAUUUGGUUGCAAACUUAGACAGGAAUGAGAGGUAGUGUGGCCAGUUUAGCCAAUCCUGGCCUUCUUACAUAUUCUUUUGCAGAACUCAGGUGAACAUAGAAUGAAUUAAUCGCUAUAUCAGCCAAUUCGGGUGUUUGGACUCUACCCACCAAAUUGAAGCGGACACUGCUGGUCCCAGUCAUGAUUGGCCUAUUUGAACUUUCAUGUUAUGACAGGAAAAGGUCUGAGAAGUCAUCUUCUCGAUAAGUUAAAGUGUAAUGUGUUUAUUUAUAUAAUGUAUUUCUUAUAUCUCAUUUAUGUUUUUGUUCUGUUUCUACUCUGAACCUAUUUUGAUCUUAACGCUUACUCAUUAUUUAAUUACACUCUCCUUUUUGUUCAGUGUUUGAAACUAUAUUCUAUAUUUUAUAAUCAUGCAGUUGCUUCGUUCAAGGCGUCCAUUCACUGCUUACAUAACUGAUGCCUGGGGCAAUGAGAUAUUUACGGUAAGACCACUUGGUAAAGUUCGAAUUGCAAAAGGGUAUCCCAACACUGAUUUGUUGUCAUUUAAAAGGUUCGCAGGCCAUUCUGGUGGAUAAAUAGCACGAUUUAUGCUGAAGUUGAUGGUAAGGUAUGCAUUUAUCUGUCUUUUACAUCGUAAGUUUUUAGAUAAUGAUAAAUAAAUGAAAGGAUAGUACAUGUCUCUGGAGAGAUGUGAUUCCCUUUUUGUUCUCCAUUUUUCUAAUUUCCCCUAAUUUUCGCUUCUGUUUUCCUACUCUACAUAUGUAUUUUAUUCCUGAUCUUGGAUGAUAUUUUUUAUUGGUCCAGUUGGGCAUCACUUUGCAGUUGAUAAAAUUAUUUAUCUGUGAAGAAAAACAUUAUCUCCGAUUAAUUUGUUGAACAACUCACUUGUUUUCUUGCACUCCUCCUUUUUCGUAGUAUUUUGUAUUUCUGAUAUUUAAUAAGCUUGUCUCAGUAGUAAAUUUCUGAUGUCAUAAUCAACAGACAUUCAUUAUUUCUUUGAGGGCUUGACAAGUCUUUCUCAGAAAUUUUGGUUUAUGUUCAUGUCUGUUAAAAGACUCAUUUGGCUCCAUUGGUGACUGCAGUAUUGAGUAAUGAAACUUGCCACAAGAAAAGGAGAGGAAUGGUACUUAAACAGUUAAUUAUGAUUUAUGGAAGUUAAUGGGGACCCAAGAUCAAGCAGAUAAAAUAUUGUUAAUAUUUGGUUAGGAUCUAUAAGCUAGGAGCUAUCACACGGCAACUACCUUAUAAUUUGUUUUUUAUCUUCCAUAUUUUGCAUCAUUAUAACUUUCAUGUAAAAUUCAUUAGUUUUUUAUUAUCUUACAGGAAAUCGGUGUGGUUCAUAGACGAUGGCAUCUUUGGAGGAGAAUCUAUGACUUAUAUCUGACGUAAGAUAUUUUCAUCGUUCUCUUGAAAGUUUUUUGGAUAAAACUGUCUACUUGUAAAGUCUGUGACUUGUUAACUUUGCUUGUUGAAUGCUAAUCAUUUGUCACAUGAAUUUUCCAUUGUAGUAUCAUCAUGCAAAGGCAUCAUGUAAUUACAUUUGACCUCGAUUGUCAUCUGUUCUUGGUUUCAUUAUUUCCAUUGUAGUAUCAUCAUGCAAAGGCACUAUGCAAUUACAUUUGACCUGGAUUGUCAUCUGAUCUACAAUUGCAAGACCUGCUCUUUAGUUGGCAGCUUAGUUGGCAUCCUGUAGUCACACCGUAUUCUUUUUCAUUUAUACAUCAUGCUUAUGUUCCUCCCUUAAUGCCUAUGAACUUCGUGAUUUGUAUCAUUGUAUCAUUUUUCCCGCAAUCUGGGUAACCUCAUGAAAACUCUUUGACUUCUUCCGGUGAAGAUCAUGAGUUGCAGUUUCAAGUCAAAGCGUUCUCCUUUUGUUUUCGUUAGACAGAUGGGAAAGGCGUUGGAAGGGACGAAGUUGUUGGAUGGAUGCCAUUAUGUUUGCAUUGAAUUUACAUAGAUCAAGGUCAGCAAUGUAACAUCUAAGAAUACCAUAAUGCUCUAUGUACUGUGAUUCAACUCUGCAAACAUUGACUCUGAAAAGCAUCACCUCAAGAAGGAAACCUUGAUCUGCAUCUGAGACAGAAAUAUACAGGAUUGCAAAUAAAUCCAGUUUGCAAGAUGGUGCUCCCAUCUACAGUGUAUCUACCAUGUAAGGACGGGUGGGGAUCAGCCCCUCAUUCAUUCCCAGCCCUUGGAAGUGGCUCCACCUUGUUUGGUACAGCCAAGCUUGUGUUGCGAUGUAGCAAGAUAAGUGGAGGAUUAUUGUUUAAUCGAAGAGAAAAAAAAAGAAACUCAAGGAGCAAAUAUAAGAAAGCAUUACUUGCAUGGAUGGCCUGCAAGAAUAUCGAGGAUUGUGACAGAAAAAGAAAAGAGAACCAUAGAUGAUUACAGAAACACAAUGCUCAAAUUUUUGGAGCGGAUCUCUCCCUUGUUUUCCAUGAGUUGAGUGAUUUUUUUAUUUAACAUUAUUAUUGGAGCAAUCAUCGGAGACCCUUCACAAACACCUUCUUGUGUUUCACUACCCUGGUCUUUAAAAAAUGUGUUGGAUAGUAGUGAUUAUGAUAUAAGUUACCUGUUUUUUUCUUUCAUGUCGAGUUUUGGAAUUAUCUACUGUUCAAAUCCUUUGAUAUGGACUUAUUUUUUUAGUUUAUUUGACAGCAAUAAGCAGUUUGCUGUGGUUGAAAAUCCUGGCUUUUGGAACUGGACAUUUACUCUGAAGGACGAUGGUGAAAAUGUGCUGGCAGAAAUUAACCGUGACUGGAGGGGUAUUGGCUUAGAGGUUCUCUCUUUUUCUCCUUUGGAGAAUUAACAUAAAAGUGAUUUUUUGCAUACUUUCCAUAUUGGUGGAAUAUUCUUCAUGAUUAUUUAUGAAUUAUGAACACAUUUCUUUUAGCUUUACUAUUCUUUAAAUUUCUCACUUUAAGGUGACAAAACAAAAGUAUGAAUUCCAAGUUGUCUAUAAAGCUGUUACAUGUUUAAAUUUUAGUUUAUACGCAUGCCAAUGAAAGUCUUCUGAAGUUGGAGAAGUCCUAGAUAUAGAGAGAGCAAAAUUGUUUUGGCUGGUGAUUGGUUCAUUCAGUGGCUGAACAUACUUGAGUCGCCCUUUUUUCAUCCUCUCACCUUUCCUAACACGUUUGUGACCUUGUUUUUUUCCUUGAAGGGUAAUUUCGAUGAUUCUGAAAACCCAGGAAGAGAUUUAUUAAUUCAGCUUUUCUAAAUUUGUGGCAGCUCUUCACUGACGCUGGACAGUAUGUGAUACGAUUCGGGUGUGCUGAUUCGCGCACCAACCGUGGGGCACAUGUUAAUGUAAGGACUGAUGAAUGUUGAGGUUGUCUAUACAGUUCAAAUAAUCAAAAGGCAGACGAAAAGGCUUUCAGUUGUUUCUGACGCAUUUCAGAUUCAAGAACUAGAUGUUUCUCGCCCACUGACUCUCUCUGAAAGAGCUGUUGCGGUGUCUCUUGCUAUUUCUCUGGACUGUGAUUACUUCUCCAGGAGUGGGGGAUGGUGA